AUUAGUCAGCCGCGCGGGGAGGAGCCGGGUGACCUUACGCCGGCUGCAGCCUCUGCGGCCAUUAAUCCCGGUCCCUUGGCGGUGCGCUGCCUCCCAAGUUCGAGAGGCCUUUACACAGCGGAUACACCCAACUCCAGCCUGGAAUUGAGGGUCCACAGGACGGAAAAAGAUGCGCGCGUCCAUGCCAGAGCCCAAGGUUGGAGACCUGAUUGAGAUCUUCCGCCCUUUCUACAGACACUGGGCCAUCUAUGUUGGCGAUGGAUACGUCGUCCACCUGGCCCCGCCAAGCGAAGUUGCGGGAGCUGGUGCGGCUAGCAUCAUGUCCACCCUGACCGAGAAGGCCGUAGUGAAGAAGGAACUACUGUGUGAUGUGGUUGGCAGAGACAAGUACCAGGUCAAUAACAAACACGACGACAAGUACUCGCCGCUGCCUCCCAGCAAAAUCGUGCAGCGGGCGGAGGAGCUGGUGGGGCAGGAGCUGCCCUAUUCGCUGCCCUGUGAGAACUGCGAGCAUUUCGUGAACGAGCUGCGCUACGGAGUCCCCCGCAGUGACCAGGUCAGAGAUGCCGUUAUGGCGGCCGGCAUCGCAGGAGUGGGCUUGGCAGCCGUGUGCCUCAUUGGAGUCAUGUUCUCAAGAAACAAGCGGCAGAAGCAAUAAGUUGAAGGGCCUGACCCAUCGGCGGGGACGUUAUCCACUGAGCGGGUCUGGUUGUGCCAGAGGUUUUGAGGUUGGGUUUGUGGGUUUCAUUCUGUUUUAUAGUGAGGCUUAUUUUUACAGAAUAAAAUAAUGCCCAGCAAGGGAGCGCUUUACUGGAGCAAACGCAGCA